GAUCCUCCGCGCCAGGUGCCACCGAACCUGCGCCAAGCCAAGUCGGUGGUACGGCGUAUUCGCGAUGAGCUGAGCCGCAAAGCUGUGCAAGAGCACGCAAAAGGCAAGAAUAUUGCGCGGCGGACACUUAUAACAGGUAACAACCACAACAGCGAAGAUGCAACGGCGCUGUUGUACCAUACCCAACUUGAGAGCAGUUUGCGCCGGCACUUGAAACCGAGCUUGCUUCGGUUGGAUGCGUGUGUGCCCGUGGAGAAGAAAGUGAUCUACGAAAGCGCGAAAGUCGAUGCGUCAUUGCGACUGUCCCAGCAGCUGUUCAUGCUCGAGUUUGCAUUUCGAAAGUUUGCGUUUCGGUGGCGCAAGAUCAAGCUCCACUCGGGCUUGCAUCUCUGGCAGGCCAACGUCGUCCAAAAGAAGGCUCACCAACUUUACCAGAAACGGCUUACGUAUCGAGCGAUUCAAAUCCAACGGGCGUAUCGACGCAAGCUUCGUCGCGACGUUGACGCCACCACGGAGCUCUCAAUAGCGCACAAAAUUCGAGACAUGUUGCUGGAACAAGCGCUAACCAGGGAACGACACCAGUUGCAGCACGCGAUGGCCAUUCGCAUUCAAAGCCACUGGCGGGGUUUGUCGUGUCGAUUGACGUGGUCGUGUCUGCUCCAACUGCGAUUGCAGCGCGCUUUGGCCGCGCUUGCGGUGCAUCAAUUGUUUGGGGGCUCCAAAGAAGUACAGAUGGCUGCAGGCCAUUUUUACGCUACGUCCGAGACCGACAUCCAGCUCAUUCAUCAAGGUCACUACUGGUUGCGGCAACGCGCCCCACCGUUCUAUGCGAUCGAGAGGUUGCGCUGCGCGACAGAGAUUGAGCUGGUGGGCGACCGCCGCGAGUCCCAGUGGAUGCAGUGCCGAACCAAGCAGCGACACACGUUUUGGUCCAUGAUGGAGACGCAAUUGAUGGAGAUGAGUUUGGCUGAAACCAGGGCCGUACGCAUUCGAGAGCGCCGCAUGGAAAGACUCCGGGCCAAACAGGACGUGCAGCAGCGCCAGACGGAUGAAUUGCGAGGAGUCCGCAAUUUGUUGCAAUGGCAAGAAGCUCGAGUAUACCGCGAACGUUCAGAGAAUUAUGCGAUGUCUGGAGAGGAGGCGCUCGUUCGUCGACACUUGAGAGAUCUGGCUGCGUUGGAGGCCAAACUCCAAUCGGACCACAUGAAAAAGUCAGUGUCGCUCCUCAAGCACGCGAUGCGCUUGCAACUGGCCGAACAAGAGCGAGCUAGUUUGGAGACGAAAUUCAUGAUGGAAGCGGACGCGGCACAGCGAUUGGCGAUGGACAUUGCCAAGGUGAAAACGACGUCCAUGUGCUUUGGACACUGCGUAAUUGAAAUGGCCUGUCGACUGGAUCCUUCCCACGCGUCGCCCAUGGCUGCACUUGAACUCCUCCUUUGCAUGAGGUCAAAAGGGUCCCCCACAACGACCCUGGUCCAUCGCGUUCAUAAUAAGUAUGACAUGAGGAGAGGACUGUGGGCGAAGUUGGCAGAAGCGUGCGAGUUGAAAAUGAUUAAGGAAAAGAGAACACGUGCCGUGCACCGUGAGGCGCGCCGAAUGGAAAAUGGCGUGGUCGAGUUCGUGGCCGUUCGCGUGGGAGACGACAAAAUCUACGUCGGGAUAUCUCGCUGCGGUGGUGAUGGCAAGAUGAUGGAGGCAAAUACCAUAUCUACGACAUGUCCAUUGGUUGCGAUGGUCGCGCACAUGCAAAACCAUCAAAUGGUGUGGCUGAGACCGAAGAACCUUCACUUGUUGGCGAAGUGGGUAGCGUCGAAAGCCAAGUGGGAACCACCAGGACGCCUCGUUCUUCUUCCACCCAUUGAGGUCACCAUCUCCGGGCGCUCUCUUCAGCCAUCCUUAAGCCCUGCCAUUGGCGCUCUCCUUCAGCGGGGCCUCCACGACAUGCUUCGGUUCGUCCCGAAGCUCUUUCCAUCGUGAUCAUGAUUCAUUUGGCGCGAAUUUGCGUACUACGAAAACGUUGUGGAUGUACGAAGGAUAUAUUUUCUAAUAAUUCAAUUUAUUUAAUUCUGGAA